GGCUUCCAGUUCUCAGAAUGUCUAUACAUAUCGACCGGGCCAGCUUCCAAGUGGAUGCUUUCGGAUCUUCCUUCAUUCUCGACGUGACCUUAAACCAUGAUCUGCUGUCUUCUAAAUACCUGGAGAGACAUAUUGAACAUGGAGGAAAGACUGUGGAAGUUAAAGGAGGGGAACAUUGCUACUACCAGGGACACAUUCGAGGACAUCCUAAGUCACUUGUGGCCUUAUCGACGUGCCGUGGGCUACAAGGGAUGUUCUCCGAUGGGAACCACACAUACCUUAUUGAGCCAGAAGAAAAUUCUACCUCUCACGAGGACUUCCACUUCCAUUCAGUUUACAAAUCCAAGCGGUUUGAAUUUCCUUUGGAUGACCUGCCAGCUGACUUCCAGCAGAUAAACGUCACGUUACCAAAAUUUGUUCUGAAGCCCAGAAACAUAAGGAAAAAGAGGCAGGUUCAUCGCCAUCCCCGGAAUGUGGAGGAAGAAACAAAAUAUGUCGAGCUCAUGAUAGUGAAUGAUCAUCUGAUGUUUAAAAAACACCGGCUCUCAAUUGUGCAUACAAACACCUAUGCAAAGUCAGUUGUGAAUAUAGCAGAUUUAAUCUAUAAGGAACAACUCAACACGAGGAUCGUGCUGGUCGCCAUGGAAACCUGGGCCGCGGACAACAAAUUCACCAUAUCUGAGAACCCCACGGUGACUUUACGGGAGUUUAUGAAAUACAGAAGGGAUUUCAUCAAAGAGAAAAGUGAUGCGGUUCACCUGUUUUCGGGAAGUCGCUUUGAGAGCAGCCACAGCGGAGCCGCUUACGUCGGUGGAAUCUGCUCCCUGCUGAAAGGUGGAGGGGUCAACGAAUUUGGGAAAACGGAUUUAAUGGCUGUGACACUGGCGCAGUCCUUAGCUCAAAAUCUUGGUAUUUUCUCAGACAGAAGAAAGAUAGUAAGUGGUGAGUGUGAAUGUGAAGACACCUGGUCUGGUUGCAUAAUGGGAGACAUGGGCUACUACCUUCCGAAGAGAUUCUCUCAGUGUAAUGUGGACGAAUAUCACAACUUUUUAAAUAAUGGAGGGGGGGCCUGCCUCUUCAAUAAGCCAUCUAAGCUCCUCGAUCCCCCAGAAUGUGGCAAUGGCUUCGUGGAAGUCGGAGAAGAAUGUGAUUGUGGUACGCAGGCUGAGUGUGCUAUUGAAGGAGGAGAAUGUUGUCAAAAAUGCACACUGACUCAGGACUCACAAUGUAGUGAUGGGCUCUGCUGUAACAACUGUAAGUUUCAACCCAAAGGAACCGUGUGUCGGGACGCCGUGAAUGAUUGUGACAUUUCUGAAACCUGCACGGGAAACACCAGCCAGUGUGCUCCAAAUGUUCAUAAAAUGGAUGGAUAUACAUGCGAUGAUUCUCAGGGCAUUUGUUUUGGAGGAAGGUGCAAAACCAGGGCCAGACAAUGCAAAUACAUCUGGGGUGAGAAAGUAACUGCUUCUGACAACUACUGCUAUGAGAAACUCAAUAUUGAAGGCACUGAGAAAGGGAACUGUGGUCGAAACAAGGACACUUGGAUACAGUGCAACAAACAGGAUGUGCUUUGUGGUUACCUUCUCUGCACCAAUAUUGGGAACAUCCCCAGGCUUGGAGAACUGGAUGGUGAAAUCACGUCCUCUUUAGUUGUUCAGCAAGGAAGGACAUUGAAUUGCAGCGGUGGACAUGUUAAGCUCGAAGAAGAGACGGACCUGGGCUAUGUGGAAGACGGGACUCCGUGUGGCAAAAAAAUGAUGUGUUUCGAACGCAGAUGCCUCCCUACCGAUUCUUUCAACUUCAGCACCUGUUUGGGGUCUAGAGAAAAUGUCAUUUGUUCAGGACAUGGAGUUUGCAGUAAUGAAAUAAAGUGUGUCUGUACUAAGUUCUGGACAGGAGCUGACUGCAGUAUUUAUUUCCCUUACAAUGAUGGGUCAAAAGAUGAUGUGUUUCAUCCUGGCAAUGGUGUUGCCAGCACAAAUAUCAUAAUAGGGAUUAUAGCAGGCUCCAUUUUAGUGUUGGCACUCAUUAUAGGAAUCACCGCAUGGGGCUACAAGAACUACCGAAAACAGAGACAAAUCCCCCAGGGAGAUUUUGUAAAAAAGCCUGGAGAUGCCGACUCUAUUUAUAGCGACAUGGUUCCUGGAGUCAGCACAAACUCAGCAUCUAGUUCUAAGAAGAGGUCUGCUUUUCUGUCGCAUUUUCAGAUUUCUACCUGUUCCAUUCCACAUUAUUCCAUUAGUCAGAACAUUUCAUUAUUUUGCAGCAGAUCAAAUGGACUAUCGCAUUCAUGGAGCGAAAGAAUCCCUGACACCAAAAAUAUUUCCGAAAUCUGUGAGAAUGGACGGCCCAGGAGUAAUUCGUGGCAAGGUAAUGCAGGAGGCAACAGAAAGAAAAACAAAGGCAAAAGAUUUCGACCCAGGUCUAAUUCUACUGAGUAUUUAAACCCUUGGUUCAAAAGAGACUCUAAUGUAGCUAAGUGGGUAGAAGAUGUGAAUAAAAACACUGAAGGACCCUACUUUAGAACAUUAUCUCCUGCCAAGUCUCCUUCUUCAUCUACUGGAUCCAUCGCCUCAAGCAGAAAAUACCCCUAUCCAAUGCCUCCACUUCCCGACGAAGAGAAAAAGGAGAACAGACAAAGUGCCAAGCUAUGGGAGACGUCCAUCUAAAGCCACUGUUUACACAGCACACACUCGAACUGUUUACGUCGACUUUUAUAGAUGCUCAGCGCCCCUGAGUCACGGUAUGUUACCUGCUCUUCACACACACAGUGUUCGCUCUCUCAUCCGGUUUCCUUUCGGAUUUGCUGGGUGUUCAAGGUCAGCCCACAAUGAGACAACCUAAGCGACACCAGAUACUUUGGGUUAAAUGAACCAGCUGAGACAAAGAUAUUCCUUGGACCUGCGUACCAAAACUAUCAAAAUUAAACUCCCUGCGCAAAUCUGACAGGUUUAUCCUGAGGAUAACGUCGACCCGGGAAAAGCGCAUUCAGAACUCAAGCCUCUGAGGUCUGUUCCCACUGAAGUAUGUGCAUGGACUUUCUUUCAUUUUGUUUUCCCCAUUUUCAAGGACAAAAUAGUUCAGUAGAUACUAGCAUGCAGGGUUAAGAAAUAUAAGGUUUUUCUGCCGGACUUCAAGCUUUAGGAGACCAAUAGCCAACCUGUACUUUGGAAAGUUCAUUUUACUUUCACAUUCUCGGCACAUAAAGGGCAGUGGACAUGUGGAAACAGAAAACCAUGGGAAAGCAAACAUCACCGUCUUCACUGGGCCUUUAAAAUUUUAAGCCAAUGAUGGUGAAAACCUUGGCUAUUGGGACAGUAAAGGAGUUUCUGAGAAAUCACACUUGACUGGAGUACACAAUGUCCCUUUAAAGUAUGGGUCGGGAGGACGUGAUUAUUUUUUGUCACUGUUCAAGAAAGCAGGUAGCAGAGAUGAGUGGAGCAGAACAGACCAAAGAAACACGUCAAUGACAAAUGGGCCCUGAGUUGCUUUCACCAACUGUUUCAGCCACCGUCUCGGUAUGUGACUCUGGAGGUGGAUUAGUCACGUAAGCAGCAGCAGCUGGGCAUUUAUAAAAUCCCACGUGAAAAAUCUGAUGUUCUGAGUCCUCGUCUUCAGUUCAAGGAAAAAUUCAGAAUCGAAUAGGAAAGAGUAAUGCACCUCAGUCUUGGACUCCCUUUCAAAAAGCGAUGGUUGUAGUGAACUGUUUGGUUUGGGGGUUAUUGCUGGGUACCGUAGGAACCUUAAUUUCCUCCUUUAGCCAUACAUUUUUUCUUGUGUCAGAUGAACAAUCUGGGAUCAUUUUCGAAGUCGCCCUUUCUAAAUUUGUUCCCUCAAAGGCAUUUUCUUCCUCCGAGUCUGUUCUAUUUUCAGGAGAAAAUUAAAUGUGCCCUGCUGCUGCUUUUCAACCCACACAAUUUCUCAUGAUCUUCAUUCCAUCUGGUGGGUAAAGAUUUAGGAGAGCAAGCAGUGUGAUUUUAAUGCGAUGGAGCUAUCUCUGGGCUGACUGUUAGAACUCUGCCAAGACGUUAUCAAGUUGUUUCAUACAGAGAAGGGGAGACCGAACAUUUGAAAAAAUGGAGCAGGUGACCAAAAUCCCUCUGACAGGCAGUAAAGAGUCCUUGUGAAUGUUUGAAAGGGAUUCUAGGUGUGAGGAUAGUUCAUCAUGGACUCCUCAAGCCACUGUUCUUUUAGUGCUAGAGGGCUUCAAAGCCAUCAGGUCAAUCUUUUUCUCUCUCCUCCCAUGCCUUUUUGGCAUUUCUGUGAGUUUAAAAUUUUUUUAAAAAAACACCAACCCACAAACGCCCAGCACAGGACCAUCAGCACAGGGUUGAUUCCGCAAUACUAGAAUUCAGCAAGCCGUCGCCGAAGACGAGGUUAAAAUGAGGUUUCAUUACGAUCUCCAGUGCUUAAUACAGUGCCUGCCACACUAUAUUAAUUAUUAUUAUGAUCUCCAUGGAAUUUUACAGGGAACAGCGGGCCUCCCAAACCACCCCACCUCCCAAAUUGCCAAUGGGCUUAGCUCACUCCUUUCAUAACUUCCCAUGACUUAUUUACAUUGGGCUUUAUUCCCAGUCUAUCCCACAACAUCCACAUCCUCAGUCAGGCAGGCUGAGAGAGGCUUCUCGCUGCCUAAAUAAUGACUGAUGGGCACACAGGCACUGGUAUUCAAUUCCCAUCUGUUUUCAUCCAGUUUGGAUGGGCUUGGGUCAGUUUUUCUCUUUCUCACUCUCCCUCUUCCUCCUUCUCUCCUCUCUCAUUCUAUCUCUCCCCCUCUCUCCUUCUCUCUCUUCCUCUCCCUUUCCUUCUCUCUCACCCCCCUCUCCCCCCUACUCUCUCUCUUCCCCCAUUCCGCUCUGCCUUCAGGACCAGGUCCUGAACAGAAGUAGUCUCCAUUAAAAAGGGCCAACAGUUUCCCACAGUGACUCCCAACUUUUCCUAGAUCCUGAUUUUCAGGGUUCUCAAUCACUCUGGCCCUGUGACUCAGGCGUGGAAACCCUCCGAGUUUAACAGUUUAACAGAGUUUAACAGAGUCGUGCUGGGUACAUCAUACCGGAUUUCAGGUGCUUUAGCAGCAAAUGUCUGUCUAUUUAUGAUUUCCCUCAGAGACACUGGGCAAAUCUCCUUUCCCCGAAUACCAACCUCCUUACAGAAACAUCACCCCCUUCUCUCCCAUCAAAGCCAUCGACAACCAUUAGAGAUAUUUACCAAGUUUUAAACUCUAAACCAGGUCUAAAGUUUAAGGUCGGAGUAGAAAUUCUUAAAAAUAGGCUAGUUCUAGUCUGUCAAUUCAGGACAGUUAUUUUGAGUCCGAUGAUUCAGUGGAAGUACAAAAAAAUCCUGCUCAAAUAGGUCUGUAUAUCACUGCCUGGUUCUGAAUCCUGACUUUUUUUUGUUUUUGUAAUCCAGCGCAGAGUGAAACUUGGUGUCUGUGACCACUCUUUCUAAUGGGAAAAUAUAACACACUACACUUACCAUUUUUUACAGGAUUUUUUUUUUUACAAUAAAUGCCUAAUUACAAAAAAAGGGUUUCUUUUAAAAAAACAACAAACUGCACUUUUUUUAACUUUUCCCGAAAGAGAAUCCCAGCCUAUGACCCUUUCUUUCAGAAACUUGGGACUGUUGUGUCAUGGUAGUAAUUAUUCAUUCACCAGUGUAGAUUUGUGCUAGUAUUUUACCUCCACUUGUCCCCAUCUAUAAAUAGUUGAAGACACCCUAAGGUGAAGUUUUAGUGACAGCAUGGAAAAAUACAUGCUUUUAGUGUGGUCUGGCAAUUAAAUAUCUGUAGAACCCUAAAUAUCCAUCCUAAGACAUCAAGUUUUCCUCUGCUACCCAUUCCAGGUUCUUUCUCUUUAAAAUAAAAGAAAGUUCUGGUAUACACCAACAUGAAAUAGAGCAUUGCAACUGCUUUUUUGAGAGUAAUUUCUGUUACAGGAGCUGCUCCAAGUUAUACGUUCAUUCUUCAUUGUAGCUGAACAAAAUAUUGCUGCUUUUAAGAGUAAUCUAUAAGGAGAUCCUAAAUACUUGCACAAUUUUAUUAAUAUCCACUUCUGAGGCUAAAUACGAGACUAUGGUUUUCUAUGUUACUAUUAUUGUAACAUCAAUAAAGAGACUCUGUGUUUCAUUUGA